CUUUGGGUACCAUCUGGGGACUGGAAAGCAAUCCGUCACAACAAUUAUAAUUCGAGCAAAUCAAGUUCUUAUAAACCAAAUGGAAAGAAUGUAGCCAUCGAAUACGGUACAGGUUCUCUCAAAGGUGUUCUAAGCAGUGAGACUGUCAAUGUUGGUGGAAUUACGAUAACCAAUCAGUACUUUACAGAGGCUCUUGCUACCAAGGAGGCUGAGGAUCCACUUCUGAAAGCGCCCUUUGAUGGUAUACUGGGACUUGGAAAUCCUCAAGAUUCUGCUACAAGAACUCUUUCUGUUUGGGAGUCGAUGAUAAGGCAAGGUAAGGUUAAGAAGAAAAUAUUCUCCAUCUGGCUUGGAAGACCUUCUCUCUUUAGAGCAGGGAGGGGGGAGAUAACGUUUGGAGGUAUAAACUGAUCCCGUUUCAAGGGACAACAUACCUAUAUAACCGCGACUGGGAAGAAAUACUUCUUCCAAAUGAGCAACAUAUUAGUCGGUUCAAAAGACACCAAUGUUUGCUCAAGGGGCUGCCAAGUUUUUGUUGACUCAGGGAAUUCAAACAUUCAUGGUCCAGCGGCUAUGAUCAAGGACAUCAAUGAUAGUAUCAAACUAUCACCAGAUUGCUCAAAUUAUAAGAAGCUGCCUGAUGUAACCUUAACAAUUGCUGGAAGGAGUUUCUCAGUCAGUCGUCGUGAUUAUAUAUACAAGGUGAACAAAAAUGAGUGCUUAAGUAGAUUCGUGGAGACAAAAGAUGAAUACUGGACUGCCGUUCACACGGUGUAUGACUACGAGUUGGAACCAACGGUGAAAAUUGGCUUCGCUAAGUCAGUUUAGAUUCUCACUAAAACUAAUGAAUAUU